CGGUCUUCGCCAUGGGCUGGCAUAAACCCGACAAUGUCGCUGGCUCUUCGGCGCCGGCAAUCAUGGUCGGGCUGUUUGUCGCCACGGGUGGACUGCUGUUCGGCUACGACACUGGGGCGAUCAACGGGAUUCUGGCCAUGGAGCCAUUUAAGGAGGACUUUUCGACGGGAUUCAAGGACGAUUACGGGCGGCCAGCCAUGAGUCCGAGCCAGGUGUCCUUGAUUGUCGCCAUGCUCAGCGCUGGGACCGCGGUUGGUGCUUUGUGCUCAGCGCCGAUAGGGGAUCGCUGGGGUCGUCGACUGUCGCUCAUCUUCGCCAUCGGCGUCUUCUGCAUCGGCGGGAUAUUUCAAGUAUGCGCAACCAACGUCGCGCUUCUUGUGGUGGGGAGGACGGUCGCGGGCAUCGGUGUCGGGAUCGUCUCGGUGUUGGUCCCGUUAUACCAGUCGGAAAUGGCGCCCAAAUGGAUUCGAGGAACGCUGGUCUGCGCAUACCAGCUAUCUAUCACGGCAGGCCUGCUCGCCGCCUCGGUGGUUAAUAUACUGACAUACCGCCUGCCCUCAGCCGCAGCAUAUCGUAUCCCGAUAGGACUGCAGCUCACCUGGGCCGUUGUCCUGGCCCUGGGUCUACUUAUUCUCCCUGAGACGCCUCGAUAUCUGGUAAAGCGUGGGCUCAAAGAUGCCGCUGGGCUUUCUCUCAGCCGCCUCCGCCGCCUCGACAUCACACAUCCCGCCCUGAUCGAGGAGCUAGCCGAAAUCCAAGCAAAUCACGAGUACGAGAUGGCCCUGGGUCCGGACACGUACAAGGACAUUAUCUUCGGUGAACCCCACCUCGGCCGUCGAACGCUAACAGGCUGUGGCCUGCAGAUGCUGCAGCAACUGACGGGCGUCAAUUUCAUCAUGUAUUAUGGAACCACCUUCUUCAACGGAGCGGGGGUCGAGGACCCGUUCACGAUUUCGCUCAUCAUCCAGGUUAUCAAUAUGGUUUCGACAAUCCCCGGCCUGUUUGUUGUCGAGUCAUGGGGUCGGCGGAGGCUGCUCAUUGUGGGAGCCGUAGGGAUGGCCAUCUGCCAGCUCUUGAUUGCCGCGUUCGCCACUGCCAGCGGGAACAACAACCAGUGGACUCAGAACAUAAUCCUCAUCAUCUUUGUCGCCGUGUACAUCUUCUUCUUCGCGGCAUCCUGGGGCCCCGUCGUCUGGGUCGUCACGUCCGAGAUAUACCCGCUCAAAGUGCGCGCCAAGUCGAUGUCCGUUUCGACGGCGUCGAACUGGAUCCUGAACUUUGGCAUCGCGUACGGCAGCCCAUAUCUUGUGGAUACCUCGAAUACCGCUGCGGGAUCGGUCGACCUGGGUUCGAGGGUGUUCUUCCUCUGGGGCGCCUUCUGCAUCCUUUCCAUCGCCUUUGUUUGGUAUAUGGUGUACGAGACGAGCAAGAUCAGCCUCGAACAGAUCGACGAAAUGUACGAACGGGUGGACCGCGCGUGGAACAGUCGGGGAUUCGAACCAAGCUGGAGCUUCCAGCAGAUGCGGGAUUUUGGUUUCUCGGACAGCGGCAUUCCCCCCGUCGAACCGCAGCUCGAGCUCCAAUCGUCGCAUACCAGCACUUCGCACUCGGACACGGCCGGGAGCUCGACGACCAAUACAACAUCGACAAAUUCGCAGGACGCCAAGAUGUUGUCGCAAUUGGGCCAUGUUGACUUGAGUUAUUGAGUUCUGGGCAUCCGCGGUCGCUUCAUGUUUUCUGUUUCCUUGAGCGAUGUUUUGGAUAUCAGCGACGGAGUUUUAACGUGAUGGGAGUUAAAGGGGGAAGGGCGUCUGGAUAGGCAAAUCCUCGGGUACUGAAUGUCGCUUCUACACCCCUCGUUUAUGGUGUCAAGUGGGUGAGUAUUUCUUGCAUUGUGGGAUCAACUCGGCCAAAGGUCUGGUGUUUGUACUUUGCUAUGUAUGGUUGGGGCCAAAUUGGGGACGUGACCUUUCGAUGAAGAGAAACUCGGCGGUCCAGGCGCAUAACUUAUAACAUUUCGGGACGAGAAAGAAACGAACGGCCGUCAGUGGGCUGGCAGCUGUUGAUUUUAUACCUACUAUCAUAUCUCAGAACGGAGAACCGCCCUACUUGUCAUGCAGCAGUCCACACAGCUAAUGCAACUAGGAUAGUAUCAUCUGUUUCAACACAAGCAAGGAGUGCUCACAUUGUGUCUCCG